AUGGAUUCUAUUGCAAACCUCUUCACUACUCACGAUUGGCCAUUCAUCUCUCAAUCAAGCAAUCAAGUCAUCUCAAUCGAUCUAAAUGACCUCAAAUCAACUUCUAGAUCAAGAAAUCAAAUGCCUGGAAACCUUUUAUUCUUCGAUCGAUUAUUACUUUUAGCUUCAAUCUCAAAUCAUAAAAAAUUAUAUCCUCCUACCAAUCUUAACGUCUUGAAAUCUUUAUUAGAUUCAAUCGAUACUUGUCCAUUUGAUUCAUUGAAAAAGAAUUGUUUAAUUUAUUAUCUCCUAAAGGAGUAUGGAGAUAAAAGGGAAGACGCGUUCGCAUCUGAUAAACUGAUACCGUCUCACUUUACAACUGGAAUAGAUGGUUUAUGGGCACUCGAUCAUUCAAUGUGGCAACUGGCUAUACAUUGUUUUGCGACUCCCACUGUUUCACCCGAUUUCGUUCCAGAUAUCAUGUUAUCUCUCGCUACCCUUCCUCCGAUCAAGCAACGAGCCAAACAUUUGCUUAGGUUUUAUCAACUUGUCAAUCCAACUCUCGAUCUUCACACUGCUAUACUCGUCUUACGCGCUAUGAGCGCCUCAGGUCAAAUUCGUACUGCUUGGGCUCUUCAACGUACCUUUCAACGUCCCGAUCGAGAUCAACUGAUUCAUACCAUCCUUGAAGCUUGUUUCGGACUCAAUGAUCAUGCUAAACCUUACUCGGCUUCAUUACAAAUCUUGUCUAGCUUUCCUUUUGACCCAUUAGAAGACUCGAUCUUGGAACAAUUCUGUAGAUCUUCACCGGUUAUCUUGUCUCAAAACCAUGCCAUGGUGGCUAUUCACUUUUAUCUUAAUAAACUCACCGGCGAGGCUAGAUAUAUUGAAGCUAUUCGAUUUGAACAAGGAUUGAUGGGUUCAAACUCGAUUCAAAAUGAUCCAGAUGUUGAUCGGGUGAUCAAGGGAAUCAAGGACAUGUUACCUGAGGUCCAAAGGACUUUAUUAGAACUCGAACUCGAUGAACUCAACUCUUCAAAAGCACGAGCAAACGUUCCUACGACCGGGAAGAAACCUGGAACUUCUCAACAUUAUGACAUUGGUAAACUGGCAUGGGACUCUCCGAUCAAGACUCCUGAUCUACCUGCUCCAACUUCCUUAGCUGAGGCUAGACAACAACAAGAGAUACGAAACAAGACUUCCCAAACGACUGAAGAAUCACAUUCUUUACCUUUGUCGGCUUCGCCUUACUUGCGGCGUGUUCUGCCCCCAAGUUCUACUCACGGUCGUAGUGAAUCCCAAAAAACUCUUCUUACUGCACUUGCUUUACAUCCAGUCCAGAACACGCCUUCCAAAUUAUCAAGUCAAGUGCUCACAUCGGCGAUGGUCAUUGAAGAUACCUCAGAUCAAGCACAAACAACUACGGACACCAUGAUGACCUCCCCGUCGCAACCGGUUCCAAAAGAUCCCGAAGAGCUUGACCCGCGCAGUACGCCUCGAUUCAAGCACUUUGUCGGACCUGCUCGUUUACCUUCGACCAAGGCAUCCACAGGCUCUACCCCUGCGAUAGUACCGAGGUCUAAACAUGACGCCAGUCCAUUUCAUAGAAUGGUAUCUAGCUCACAACCCUCUCAAUCCAAUAAUCUUACUAGUAGUUCUUCUCAACCAGUUGUCCAAGAAAGAUUCCCAACUCGAAUCGCCUUUACACCUCGUCGUCCUGUUGUAUCUCGAAAAUCAGAAUUAGAUAGAGAUCGAGAGUCUAGACGAACUGUGCCUGUUUCGCAUCCUCAUCGUCGUUCAGUAGCAGCUGCUCCUCAGAUGGUUAAUCCUUCCAUACCCAAUCUCGAAGAAAGUAGUGAAGAUGAGGGAUCUCCAGAUCCUUUGGCUUUGACAACGAAAUCGACUUCUAAGAACACUUCAUCUACACGUAUGGCACAUCGUAGUGGACCGGUGAAAAAGAAAAGUAGAAUAAACGAUGUACCUGUAUCAACAGAUCAAAUCAAUAAUAAGACUGUCCCUUCAAGACGUACUACAGCCAUCAAUCCUCCACAAAACUCAAGAAUCGAGAAUAAUUCUAAUGAUCUUUUUCUAUCUACUUCUAAACCGGAAAGAUCACCAUUUGUUUUACCUGGAAGUUUUGAUGAUCAUGAUAUGCAUGAUGGAACGAAUUUUGAUGAACCGAUCGUUUCUAAUCAAUCAAAUGAACCAAAAGAAUCACAACAAUCAAAACCAUCUCAACGAAAGAUUAGUGAAACAAAAAAUAGAACAGAGAAUGAAGAUGUGAUUACAUCAUUGAAACCGAUUGGAAGAACCCCUAGAAAGAAAUUAGUAGGAAACCAAUCGAUUGGGAAACCUACGAGUAGUACUUCUCAAGCAUAUGAACCUAUGACACCUAGAAGGUCUACUAGAUUACAUUCUCAUACUCUUUCUCAAGGAGAUAGAGAAUGGGAUAGUGAUGGAGAAGAAGCUGAUCAACUUGGGAAUCAUGAAAGGGUUGUUGUGACUACUACCAGUAAGAGUGGCAAAAAAGGAAAGUCUGGGACGGGGCAAAAUAAUGGAGAUCGAACGAGUAGGAGAACUAAGAAGGUUUGA